AUUAAACACCUGGCAACCCGACUUUUACUCUCUCUGAAAGGUGAAAGUUCAGCGCGAGGUCGUGCAGCGCGCGGAUCUGUUUAAUACUUUCCCUUCCAUCUGACACAGCUGUUUUCAAACAAGACUUCUACAAACUGAACCAGGAAGUGUGUGUGUGUGUUGUUGUAAGUCAUUGUGAGUGUCUUUGUUUUUGAGUAAAAUGGCAGAAGCCAGUAUUUUAGGACUUCAGGAUCAGUUCUGCUGUCCAAUCUGUCUGGACCUGAUGAGGGAUCCUGUGGCUGUUUCAUGUGGACACAGUUUCUGUAUGAAGUGUAUUAAUGCCUGCUGGGAUCAGGAGGAUCUGAAGGGAGUCUAUAGCUGUCCUCAGUGUAGACAAACCUUCACUCCAAGACCUGUUGUGAGUAAAAACACUGUUCUGGCUGAAGUAGUGGAGACUCUGAAGAAGACAGGACUACAAUCUACACCUCCUGCUCAGUGUUCAGCUGGACCUGAAGAUGUGGAGUGUGAUUUCUGCACUGAGAGAAAACACAAAGCCAUCAAGUCCUGUCUGGUGUGUCUGGCCUCUUUCUGUGAGACUCACCUCCAGCCUCACUAUAAAUCUCCUGCCUUUAAGAAGCACAAGCUGGUGGAAGUCUCCAGACGACUCCAGGAGCAGAUCUGUUCUCAGCAUGACAAACUGCUGGAGGUUUACUGUCGCACUGACCAGAAGUGUAUCUGCAUGUUGUGUACCAUGGAUGACCACAAAGGACACGAUACAGUAUCAGCUGCAGCAGGACGAGCUGAGAAACAGAAGCAGUUGUUGGAGAUUCAUGGAAAAUCCAAGCAGGUAAUUCAGGAGAGAGAGAAGGAGCUUCAGGAGCUAAAGAAGGCUGUGGAAUCUCACAAGCUCUCUGCACAAAAAGCAGUAAAGGAAAAUGAGAACAUCUUUAUUGAUCUGAUCAAAUCUAUUGAAAGAAGUCGCUCUAAACUCACAGCGCUGGUCAGAGCUCAGGAGAAAGCUGCUAUGAGUCGAGUUGAAGAAGUCAUGAAGAAACUGGAGAAGGAGAUUGCAGAGCUGAAGAAGAAAGACAAAGAGAUGGAGGACCUUUCAUACACAGAAGAUCCCAUCCAGUUCCUCCAGAGUUUUCAGUCUGUCUUGACUCCAGCUGGACCAUCAGCCUUGCCUGCCGUUAUGUUAUCUUCUCGCCCAACUUUUGAGAAUGUAAUAAAGUCUUUGUCUCAAAUGAGAAAGAAACUAGAUGAGUACUGUAAAGCUGAGUUUGAGAAGAUCUCAAUCGAAGUGAGGGAUGUCCAGCUCAUGCCACAUUCUCUUCCUUCUUCUACAAAAUUAUUGAGAGGUUUCCAGUUCAUGCCUGCUUGUGCUUCUACCCCUGAAGGCCAAAGCACAGAAACCUUAAGUGGUUCCGUACCACCUGGUCUUCCUGUGUCCGCUCCUGUUUCUAAUCCUCAAAGCACAGGAAAAUUGACAGGUGUCCAGAUCUUAACACCUCAUCUUCCUUCCUCUGCUUGUGGUUCUACCCCUAAACCCCAAACUACAGAAACAUUGAUGGGAGUCCAGCCCUUACGACUGUAUCUUCCUUAUUCUACUUGUGUUUCUACCCCUAAACCCCAAAGCACAGAAACAUUAAGUGGUAUCCAGACUGUACCACCUGCUCUUCCUGAGGCUGUUCCUGUAUCUACCCCUAAUCCUCAAAGCACAGGAACAGUAAGUGGUAUCCAGACUAUACCACCUGCUCUCCAUGAGUCUGCUCCUGUUUCUACCCCUAAUCCUCAAAGCACAGGAACAGUUGCAGUCCAGCACAAUCCUUCUUCCACCAAAAUGACAUUAAGGGGUUCCGGAGGAAGUCUAUUUGCAGCCACUCGCUUGAUUCCUCGUGCCAGAACGUCCACAUUAAGGAAUCCCAGAGAAAAGCCAUGACCUGCGAAUCACCCACUAGUGGCAUCCUGUGAUGGCUUGCAGUCUGCAGUGCUCCUCAGUCUACAAUCACUCUUUUUCUUUUGGCCAUUUAAGCCUUGUUCCUAUUUCGAAGUUAUUAGUGUAAUCUAUAGGACUUAAGAAGUUAAUGUUGUAUAUUUCUACUGAUAAAUGGCAUACUUACAAAUAAUGCAAGAUUGCUUUGAUUUUUAAAAGCUUUGGAAAAAAUGGAAAAUAAAAAUAUAUAAGUGGCAUUUAACUGAUGACUAAAGCAUAUAAUAGUAUUUAUAAAUCACAAACGUGUGGCUUUAACCAGCAUCAUAGCAAUUUCUAUACACUCAAACACACACACACACUUUUUCAAAAAUAAAGGAACAAAUGGCUGGCAAGCAGUUGCACGGCCAGGUCUG